AUGGCUCAGAGCAUAGAAGCCCAGAACUCCGACAACAAGCCCGACAUCAACGUCACAGACAACUACGACGUUGACGUCGGCAGGGUCGAAAAUGUCGAAUCUUUCAGCAAGAGCCCUGAUGCAGUCGAUGACAACAUCCUCCUCGCUCAGGGCCACGCCCCCGUGAUGAGACGAUCCUUCGAUCUGCUGGGCACCCUUGGACUUGGCUUCAGCAUCACCAACUCGUGGGUUUCGAACGCCAGUUGCUUUGGGCAGAGUCUUCUCUACGGAGGUGCCCAAAUCCUUAUCCCUCGCGUCGAAUCCUUCCUCACCAGCCUUAAAGGUGAUACCAAGGCGACUAUGGCCGACUUGGACCCUGCGUUAUAUACUAUCGCAUGGAUCGCGCCGCUCGAGAUCGAGGCCCAAGCGGCUCUCCACAUGCUCGAUCACAAACAUGAGGGCCGGUUUCCUACUAGUCGAGGAGACGAUUAUGUCUUUGAGGCUGGUGAUAUCAACGGUCAUAAUAUUAUUAUUGCGACAUUACCGAUAGGCCAGGAAUACGGUACUGGAUCAGCUGCUGCUAUCGCUAGUCAGAUCAAGAAGUUCUUUCCUAACCUCUGGUUUGGUUUGCUUGUUGGUGUUGCUGCUGGCCUGCCUAAUCAUCAAAAGGAUCCCCCAAUUGACAUUCGACUUGGGGAUGUCCUCGUUGGACUCUCCACACCUGAGAGUGCUGGUCUUAUAGCCUAUGAUUUAGGGAAAGAAACUGCUGAUGGAUUUCAGCUCUUGAACGAUAGGCGUGUCCUAGCUCCGGUGGAAACUGUUGUGAGGUCCGCUAUUGGCAGUAUCAAAAUGUCGUUAAAUGAUACUGAGGCCUUCCUACCAUUUUAUGAAAGUAUCAAGAACAAGCACCACUCUAGUGGUACUUUCAUAGAUCCCGGUCAAGAGGAGGAUGUACUAUACUACACAGAAAGUUCUGCAGGGGCUCGGAAAGUUAUGCAGCGAAAACAGCGGCCAUCAAGCAAUCGAACACGCGUCUGGUAUGGCUCUAUCGGGUCCGGGGAGAAAUUAACCAAAAACAGCCAAAAGCGCGAUCACCUAAGGGAUACUUAUAAUCUUAUAGGUCUAGAAAUGGAGGCGGCUGGUAUUAUGAACCGAGUCCCUGUAGGUGUUAUCAGAGGGGUGUGCGAUUAUGCAGAUGAGAACAAGAACAAGAAAUGGCAGCCUUUUGCGGCAGCAAUGGCUGCUGCAUAUGCAAAAGCAGUUUUGCUCCGUAUCGGGUCUGGACAGGCCGCGCCAAAGUCAAUGGCGCUGCAAACUGGUAUGAUCCUAUGUGAUCUCCCAACAAGAACAGACCGUUUCUUCGGACGGGAAGAUGAGCUCUUGAAGAUCGAAAACAGCCUUGAGCACACAUCGGACUCGCUCAAGAGUGUUAUCCUUUGUGGCAUCUCCGGGUCAGGCAAGACCCAGUUGGCUCGCGAAUACGUUGCUCGCAAAGCAAACAAUUUCUCGGCAAUAUUAUGGAUCGAUGCAAGCACGGAACUGACUGCAGAGCAGUCCUGGAAUUCCUGCGCGAGCUACAUCCAGAGAAAAGUUCCAGGUCUGAAGGUCCAAGACUCAUAUACGUCGCUACGUUCCUUCGUCAUGGAGUGGCUGCGAACGACCGCAGCAAAGGACUGGCUCGUCAUCAUUGACAGAGCGGAUGCUCCGAUGGCUACUAAGCGAUUGUUGGACCCUUUCAAUACCUUGAACCACGGCUCUCUUUGUAUCACAACAACACAUCAAGCAAUUGCUAGAGCCAUGCGGACAAAGCAAAUUCUCAUUGAGCGUCUAGAUCCAGUAUCUUCCCAAAACCUCAUUCUCUGGCGAGCAUUUGAGAGCCAAGAAGAACAUUCAUCUCAAGUUCUUGAUUCGGUGGUACGUACAGCUAAAGCUCUCGACGGCUUUCCACUCGCACUUGAGCUUGCUGGAAUCCUUAUCUACGAGGGAAUAGUACCACUAAAAACAUUUGCGGAAACCUUUGCCUCUAAGUACAACCAGCUUGCGCGAUUCAAUGUUGAUCCGGGCAUUUGGCUAUGGAAUAGGAGCGACUCGCUAUUUGAAAUGUUUGACGAGCUCUACCACUCACUCGUAGCGAAAAGCCCCAACGCAGGUCUUUUGCUUACGUUAUGUGCUGUAUAUGGUCCCUGGAACCUGCCAAUAUCUCUCAUUCAGGGACUGCAAAUUUAUACAGAUGACGAACGUUCGGACAACCCGACUUGUUGGGGCCAGUUGAAAUCCUUGCUCAACGACGACGUCGAACUCAAUUUGGCUAUUUAUGAGAUUUGCCGAGUAUUUUUGGCUAAAAGGCAAAUGAGCGCUGAUGGCAAUAUUCUGAGCAUUACACUCCAUGGCUCAGUAUGCCAGUGGCGUUUCGCUACGAUAGGAGAGCAACGGGCUGAGUGGAUAAUGAAGACCUCUUUUGGUCUGGCAUGGCAUAGAGAAUCAGUCAAACAAUCCUCAGAGACCAUGGCCGAAGAAGGAAGCCAAAUUGAUGCCAACCGAGGGUUCUUACAUCUAUUCGACAAGUGUCUGAACUCCAUCGAGAAUCAUGUCCCAAGCGAGGACCUGGAACCUGCUACCGGCAAAUUUGCCCGACACUACUAUACAUUUUGCUCCUGUAGUGCUCCACUUUAUCUAUCGUCAGGGAAUUCGGCCAAGGCCAAGGAACUGUUUUCAGUUGCAAUAAACUAUGCGAGAUCAUCUGAGUCGCGAGUUGGAGAUCUUGAUGCUGCAAAAGAAGCUCUGGAGUCUGCAUUGGAAAUUGCCGAGGGAAUUUGCGGCUACAGAAGCGAGCAGACCUUAGAAAUCGUUGCCCAGCUCAAGACGGUUAGCGAAGGCAUAGCCAUGGAGCAAGAUCAUCGUCAACGGGCAGCCGUGGCUAGUACAGGAAGCAAGCUCAAUGAAGUUCAGAGUAACGCUGAACAGUCUAGUUCAAGCUCAUUGCAACCCCCGAAAAGAAGCUCCAGAGUGGCGAAUUUCUUGUUGAGACCUCUCGGAUUGAGAAUAGAUCCACAGAACGUUGAGGGGAGAGGCGAGCCCGAGUACCAGAUCGUUGACCCUGUCCCAGUCCCACAGUAUAUCCCGCAGAGUCCAGACCUUUUAGGCAACUGGAUUGCACAAGAUCAGCACAAUAGCUAUCGACAUACCUUGCGUAGUCGUGAUGAGCUAGCUUCCCAAGCUCCUGAGGUGGUCAGCAACGAAAUUGGCUAUAUUCCGUUGACCGGCUUCACGAUAGAUGAACCAAUGAAGUCAGUCAAUCCCGGACUGGCCUUGGAGAUAUGUCUUCUCAAUCCCGCGGUAUUUAUCCCGGCAGCUAGUGGCGUCGCACCAGGAGUUCGAGGGACGUUGCGGCUAAGGGUCAAGGACCGUGUACAAGUCGAGGCCAUCACCCUGACACUUCGCGCCGUCCAAAGAGCCAAUUGGUUACCACCAGACAUCCCACCAACUCGUUCUGAACAGUUUCAAGAAGAACUCGAAGUUCAAAGCACAGCCCUCUUUCAGACUACAGAGAGUCGACAAGGAGCGCCAUACGGAAGUGACUGUCAGUAUCUUGUGUCCAGUAGCGCGCCCUCAAGUAAAGCCUCUACCCAAGCUGAGCCCGCAAACAGCAAAAGCUUCCCAGGUGGCUUGUACUGCUACCCGUUUCAGUUCACCUUGGCAAACGACAGAUUGCCCACCGCGCGUCUCGGUCACGGUUCGCUUACGUGGCUCCUCAAGGCCACUCUAACGUUUUAUGAGACUAGUGGUUCUAGCCAUGAUAUUGAACUAGUCAAAGAGGUCCCUGUAAUAAGGAAUCGGACUUUCAAUCAAGAAGCCAUAACGCGAUGGGGCUUAUGCUCCGGACGUAUCACCUUCCCAUACAGAAUCUGGAUCAAACACAGCCAGUUCUUCUUCGGCGACAAGAUACCGGUCUUGAUCGCUUUUGGGCCAUCUAUUACGUCUGCAAGAAUGCUUAAAUUUAAGUGCUCUAUCAUCCAAACGGAGGAGUAUUGGACACCAGAUGGUCGAAACACAUGCACAGUUCCUCCCCGUGAAAUAGCCAUAUUCGAAAGGGUGAGCAAUUUGUCAGAAGGAUCAGAUCUGGUGACUUAUAAGCCGGUUGGUCCCAAGCCUGGUCCACUUUCCAUAUUGUACGACGACGUCUAUUUGCCUACUUGCAAGGGGAUGGACCAAAACGAGAAAUAUCACUUGCGUGCGAGCUGUACUUUGCGCGGCAUGCAGAUUACGCACCACCUGCGAGUAAGUCACACAUACAUCACCGAACUCGAAAUGCAGUUCAUUGACAUGGUUUGGCAGAUUACUAUCGGUGUCUCUAUUUCUGAUCCCUCGCAGACAGAUAUCGAGACCGUUAGGGAUCAUCCAAUUACCCUGCUCGACUGUCGAUCUGGUUGCAAAUACUACAAUCCAUUCUCCUACAAACGUUUAUGUCCCUAUUGCGGGACAGUGGAUUGGUGUUUCGAGGAGGAUAUCAAGGUUACUGUUCAGGGCAUCAAUGACCGAUCCCGCGAAAGGAGUCUGUUGGUGAUCAUUCGCUUCGCCACUAAGAUACGCACUGUAACGGUUUCGCUACGACAUAUCACCGCCGGUUCUGCUGCCCAGGCCGUACGAUGGGCCACAGACUGUGGCGUCGAUAUAAUAUCGAUAAGCUGGACAAUCGAGACCCCUGUGCCGGGAAAUCCCGAGAUGGAGAGUCUUCAACAAGCUGUCCGACGGGCAAGCAACCACAACAUCGUCAUGUUCUGUUCAACAAGUGACCAGGGUAGUAUGACGAAUGAUCACAACUGCUAUCCAGGUGACUUUGGAGGUUGCAUCAGGAUUGGAAGCGCGAGCAAUACGGGUGACGCCAUGGCAUGGGUCAAGGUUGAGAAAGUUGAUUUCCUCCUCCCUGGAUCUAAUGUGCCCUUUUCCGUCACCGAAGGCAAGACAAACCUGCACGAAUCUGGUAGUUCUAUUGCCACAGCUGCUGCAUCAGGCCUUGCGGCAUUUCUGAUGGCUUGCAGCUGGCUCUUGGAUGAGAAGGACAACUAUUUCAAAGACUACAACAACAUGAAGAGGGCAUUUCAUAAUCUGGCCCAGGGGCAUAAGUUCCCUGCCGUUUCUGAGAGACUGGAGAAGCUCUUUAUGCGGAAACUAGAGAGGAUUCAGGGUAAGGAUGAGAAAACAGUUAGUGAACUGCCUAUGGAGUGGUCGGACGAGUGUCAGAGGGCACUAGGUGAGAUCAUAAACGGGAUUAAGGAUACAACGUGA